AUGGCUAUGCCCCUGGUCACCCUGCCUGAUGCUGAGGAGGGUCCUAUCACUGUAACAACACCCAUUGCCGACAUCAUUCCAAAGAUCGCAGCAAGCAGUAAAUGGAGAAUCCUUGUGUAUGGUAUUAAUGAGUCUGGUCAACAAGAGGCAAAUGAGCCCCAUAUGCAUCUCCUGAGUGGUAUUCUUGGGAAAAAAAUCACUCCUGAGGAGCUAACCUUUCCGAAUUUUCACUUUCCAAGCAAUGGUGUUACGGUGACAGUCCAUAUAGGAUCUCAUUCUGAUUGCAAAAUAUCUCAUGACAAAGUUAAUUUGAUGGUGUACUUCAUCUCUGUGAAUAGAAAAAUCGUCAACCACUCCCAUGUAGUUAAAAUAGGAGAGAUCACGACUGCACGCGGAGCUAUGGUCUGGAAGCACUCUGUUAUUGUGUUUACUGGUGUUGAUGUCAUUGCUGACGCGUAUGCACUAAAGACUGGAGAUGUAGCUACACGAUUGGAGGGAAUACUGGACUCUUGGACCACUACAGUUCAACAAGCUCUUGACUCAGCAAUUGCAAACGAAGAAGUAGGUAUCAAACCAGAAGAAGUGUUGUUACGACCAGCAGGACGACAAAAUCAGCUCGAUCUACCAAUUCCACAUACACAAUGGUUUUCACUUCUUUGGUUAGGAUGCUUUCUGUCAUCUAAAGUCAACUCAACACCUGCCAUUCUAAAGGUGGCUCAAGGCAGGAUAGCAAACAUCGUGACGGAUAGUGACAUAGACCAGUUACAGCUGUUCGAGCAACAUAUUCAAGUCAAAGAAAAUAGUAUACAGCUCCCCCAGAAUAAGAGAAUCGAUCUCGGUUCAGCUAUUGCCGGUGCUGCUGUUGUUGGAGCCACAAUCGGUGCUGUUAUCGGUACAUUGGCAAUUGGUGUUCCUUUGUUUGGAGUAGCUGCUGGUACUGGGCUUGUACUGGGAGCAGUUAUUGGAGGAGGAUUUGAAGUUAGCAUUGCAGGUGCUGCUCUGGGUGGGAACUACAAGGUAGCAAAGGAUAAGCAGAUGGAAAAAAUUGAUGCUUCUGAGCUGAAGCUCUAUUACGCUGAGCUUCUAUCUCGAAUUCCAAAAAUGAGUGCGUAUCUGACAACAUGGGCUGAAAAACAACUCAAUUACAAGAUCGUUGUUACUGGUGUGAAAGGUGAAGGUGUUUCCACAGUAGCAGCUGCACUUAUAGGUAAACCACCCAGAGAAAGUGGCUCAGGUCUUCUUUAUCUGCAGCAAAUUAUCCGUAUGAAAGCAAAUCUGCUCGUUUAUGAUUUCCAGGGGUUUUCCAAAAGUGGGAGGCAAGCAACUUAAGGCAAAAGAGUUUCAAAACAACAAAAAUACUCACCUGCUAGUAUUUUGUAUACCAAUGACAUCACCAAAAGAGGAUUUUGUGUAUUCUCCACAUGUCAAGUACUUGGAGCGGCUGUGUGAAGUCAAUGACAAGAUUCUAUGCAACACAGUUAUUGCUCUCACUCAUGCAAACGAGAUGAGGGCUGAAAUGAACAAGCGAAACGAUUUGUCACAAACAAGCCUCCACCAGUUUUUCCAUGAUGAGCUCAGAAGAUGGAAGCUGCAAAUAUCCAUGGUACUUGAAAAAUACAUUCAUAUCGACAGUGAAAUCCCAAAAAAAAAUCCCAGUAGUUCCAGUUGGAAAUUCGAAGCAAGUGAUCGAUCUAUCCGAUGACGAAACUCCUUCCCCAGCCACCCAGUACCAUUGGCUUUCUGAGAUGCUUCUCCUCGCAAUGCCAGCAACAAAAGCAGAAGGAUUGCCUGCUCUUAUUGAAGCUAAUCAACAACGAAUUAGUAGCAGACUAUGUCAUUAUCCAGAUAUAAUGCUCCCGAACUAAUCAUCAAAGCCAAAUGCUCAAUGUUUUCAAAGGCUGGGGUACAAGAUAAGAAACAGCCAGGAGAGGCGAUCGGUAUCAUCCUAGGAGUUAAAGAAUUAGAACCGGAUCAAACAGAGUAAAUUGACUCAGUUUUUAGCCUAGUAUUCCAUGCAUGCGUGAUAAUAAUUAUAAUGAGUGCAGUUUUAAAAUCCAUUUGUGCCUAUAAUGAAUUAAUAAAAUUCUAGCAUCAAACUUAAUUAUUUUGAUGAUGCUAUUCACCAUCCUGUUUACCUGUGCAUAUAAUAUACCCAUAGACAAAGCACAUUGUAGUCAAAGUGUACACCUGUGCAUAUGUACCUACUGUACACAAAGCAAGAAAACCUCUUCACUAUCACGUUUAGAAUUCAUUACCUGUUACACCUACAGUACAUCCAGUCUAGAGAGUUUAAUACCAAAAUAGAUGAGUAAUUGUACUUACAACUAAGAUCUAAGAAAUUGUGCUGAUACCGAAUAAGCUACAACAUUAUUCAAAAAUAAUUAUUUUCCAAAGUUGCUGUAGUGGAAAAUCAUUUUAGGUGAAAAUGAGGGUGAUUGUAAAAAAAAUGUGUGUAACAUCAAUAAUUAUCUCCAGAAAUACCGUAUAAUGUGGUUAGUAAGUGCAUGCGCCUAUAGGGAAAAAAGCAAGCCUCUAUGCACCUAUUAACCAGAUGCACUUAUAGAGGUUAACCACGCCCAUGACGUUUCAAUAAAGCAAAUCUCCAUUAGCUGGCUCGAUCGUUGUCUAGUCAUAUCAGCAGUAACACAACUAGUGAAAGAGACUAAUUAACAUGUCUAUUAGUUAUGUGUUUUAGAACACUUAUAUAGACUUGGUUGUUUAGUUACCAUGGUUUGUGUUAUGGAUAGUUAAUGAUCUCUGUACAGUUUCCUGGAGCAGAGCCUCCCUUAGUCUUUUGUUCUGUACAAUAGUUCUUUGUUGUAAAGAGGCCCUGCGCGUCUCUCUGUACUACACCCUGCAUGCAUGUUCAGUUCUGUCAGUUGUUCUCGUUGUUCUCAUUGUUCUCUAA